AUGGCAGAUAUAGCUGGACUUGUUCUUGGAGUAGCGGCGCUAUGGAAAACAAGUGUUGAAAUUUUUGACGUUAUUGAUUCUAGUAAAAAAUAUGGACUUGACUACGAAGUUCUUCGAGUGAAGCUAGAAGUUGAAAGGCUUCGUCUUCUAGCUUGGGGAGAGUCCGUGGGACUCAAUUCUGUCAACGGGAGAUGGACAAGCGUACACAUUCAGUUGCGACAGGAGUCCACCAGGAAGACCGUCCUCGAGUUGCUCGGCGCGAUUCAGCACUGUUUUGAGGAGUUGUCUCGGUUUCAGGAGAGAUAUGGGCUUCGGCCAGCGCCAGCAAAACACGACGAUACGGUGACUCUAGAUUCGCCAAACAAAUCUGGACACCCAUUUGAGUUCCUUUUUAAGAAGGCAUAUCAAAAUCUUCGGCUCACUGCCGAUGAGCGCCAGAUACGUGCAACGAUGAUUAAAAAGGCAACUUGGGCAAUCCAUGACAAGAAGAAGUUCCAGACGAUGGUGACAAUGAUCAAAGGAUUCAAUGACAGCCUGACAAGCCUGUUUCCAGGGGUUGAAUAUAAGACGAUAGCAUUUAUAAACAAGGAGAUAAAUCAAAUCAAUGAUGCUCCUCCGCUGAAGUUGCUGCGAGAAGCAACAACAGUUGACUAUGAGGAUAUCUCUGAGACAGCAAGCAUUCGGUUGGAUACUCUGGAAACAAAUUCUUUGGCAGGGGAGACUAUCAAAGGACAUCGAGACGUUAUUAAAGACCGUAAUCGAGGGGGGCUAAUUAUAACAAUGAUGUCUGGUUCUCAUUUUGGCGAUAUCUUUACAUUGGUUUUCUGGAGCGGUACAAGGUAUAGCUAUAGAGAUGCUGAAUCAAAGAGCUUUGCGAAAAGCAUCCACCCUUCCUUCGAUUUAUAUCGAAGUAAGCGAUUUAUUAUGAAGAGAGGCUCUGAUCCAGACAACUAUGGUACUCAGGAGGACUACGUUCAAUUUGAUGUUGAAGGCGACCCUAGAUAUGAGCAUGCCUCUCCUGGCACGGUUACAGUUGAUGGUCUAGCCUUGGAAGCUCAAGAUUACGAAGGAAAAAGCUAUGAAUCUAGUGAAGAAGCCGGUGCCACCCAUUCGCGGAACGUAUGCCUAGUACCGUCCUGGAAGCUCAUGGAUCAUAUCUUGCAUUUACAAGGUGCUACCCCAAAUUUAAAUGAGCCUGCUAAGUUUGAGAUGGGAGUUGAAGAGCUUUUUGAUAACUCAGAAUAUUCCAAAGAGGAACUCGACGACCCUAUCAGGACCAUAUUAUACCUAUAUACCCAUUUAAAUGAUACCAAAUCUCUUACGGACUUCACCUUGCACUCGGGAGUUUUCCAGAUAGGCAUUCCUUUAAAGGAUUUCCUUUACCAAAUUGUUCUUACGAACAAGCUUGCGAAGGAAUUGAGUAAUAACUCAAGUGCGCCGGUAAGCGGAUUAACUCCCCGUGUACUAGCUUCUCUCAUUGUCCAGGAUCAAUGGCUCGCCAACGUACACCUGUUCAGGGGUCCAUGUUCUGGUAGUAGAGAGGCCGCAAAUUCACGGCCUGGAGAAGAAUAUGGAUCGGAGAUAUCCUCUACCACUCUAGUGGGGGAUGAGCAUUACGCAGAGGUUAAAACAGCUUCUUCUAUAUUCGCGGGAACUAUACCUAUACCUAGCCAUGGACUAAUCAACAGUGGUUUAUCCCAUUCCAGUAACUACGAUAUUAAACAAGAGUAUUUUCACGCUGACUCUAAGGUCAUUGACCAGCAGUUGAGUGGCCUCCUUGCGUUUGCAGAACAUCUGGAAUGGGAGUACCUGGACGAAACUAAGGAAUUUGCGGAGCAAGCUUCCUGGGGCUAUAAGAGCUUCUUCCGAGUAUCAGGUCUUGUCACUGAUUGGUCUUAUGGCCUCACACUCCCUGGAAAAUGGAUGUCCUUCAAGAUCAUGGCUACUCUAAUUUAUUCUUCUCCAUCUACCCGUCAACUUGGUCCUGCUCAAGAUUAUGAUGACGGGGUAUCACUACCUACUAAAUCAUAUUUCCGACUUCGGACCGUGAUGGGAAGAGUUCUUGGCUGCCACCCAGAUUGCAAGUCUGUCUGCGGCUGGAUAGGUCCUUGCCCGCCUAUUAAUUUUAUAUUGUCACGGCCAGCUUCAGCAAGUGUGGAGCCCAAGUAUAUCCGUGUCAAAGCCGAAAAGGUGCCUCCAUUGCGAUAUCCGCCCCGGACAUCUGGGCAUGCAAUAGACCAAACAUACUACCACUACCAGUUCAAAUCUAUGGGGCAACAGGCAGAUGAAGUGACCUCCGAGUACAUCAAGUCCAUCCAUGAUCCAAACCAAUGGAUAGCACCUCAGCCUCCUCUCCAACAGUCCUCAGUGAUUUGCAUGAAAUCUAUAAACCUUGAGCCUUUGCACCCAGAAGAUAUGGGGCAAGGGAUUGUUGAACACACGGGGUACUGUAAAAACCUUGAAUAUCAAGCGAGCAUAACCUUUGAGACAGACGACAGCUUGUUGACUUACACGCUCCUAACAAAUCCCAUAUUUAUCUCCCUUCCGGCAUGCAAACUAGUGCCACAUGGAGAGCAACAUCAAGUCCAUUUUAGGGAGCUACAUCGGUUCUCUCGACAACAUGUUUAUAAUGUGACGAGAUUGAAGGGGUACACAAGCACCUUCUCUGAAGACGAUGCUAAGAACGUAAUGGUCAUCAAUGCAACAGGUACCGGAGAUGCUGAAAUGCUUGCGAGAGCAUGGUGUGCGGAGAGAGGAAAGAAUGCAGUUAUUAGGAGGCCUGGAGGCCCUUGUUAUACUUGCGCUGUGCGGGCAGCGAGUAAGGGGGCCCUGGGAACGGGGGUCUUAAUAUGGGUUUCUUAA